AUGACCAGGAGCAAUGGGGAGAUUUGGAUUGGAAGCAGGCACAAGACAUUGAAGGAGAACACCCGUGGCUCAGAUGUGCACUGCCAACGGUUUAGACAUUUCCGCUACCAGGAGGCCGAGGGACCCAGAGAGGUUUGCAGCCAACUCCACCGCCUUUCCCAUCAGUGGCUGAAGCCAGAGAGACACACCAAGACUCAGAUGCUGGACAUGGUCAUCCUGGAGCAGUUCCUGGCUGUCCUCCCCCCGGAGAUGGAGAACUGGGGUCCAGUGUCCUUUGAGGACGUGGCUGUACAUUUCACAGAAGAAGAGUGGGCUGUGUUGGAUCCUGCCCAGAGAGCUCUGCACAAGGAAGUCAUGGAGGAAAAUGGAGGCAUCGUGGCCUCUCUGGGCAACAAAUCGAAAACCAAUAAUAAAGGGGAAAGAGCUAGAAAAGAGUCACUGGAAAGAUGCACAAAGAAGGAACAGCAGAGAAGGAAAACUGAAGCAGAGAAGAUGGGAAGGAACACACCCCCAGCCUCUCAGGGUAGUAACUACAAUGAAAUUGCAGUCAAAGAAAAAACAGAUAUAAGACAUAAAAAGAAGUGUCGGGAUUAUUGGAAAAGUUUCGGUUCUAAAAGAAAAUGUAAAGCACAUUACCAAAACCGCCAAGGGGAGAAACCAUAUAAAUGCUUUGAGUGUGGAAAGAGCUUCACGAGAAACUCCGCACUCAUUUUCCACCGAGGAAUUAAUAGUGGAGAGAAACCGUAUAAAUGCUUGGAAUGUGGAAAGAGCAUUGGUUGCAAGCAGGGACUCGGUUAUCAUCAAAGAAUUCACACAGGGGAGAAACCGUAUCAGUGUAUGGAAUGUGGGAAAAGCUUCACCCGGAAGAUAUAUCUUAUUAAUCACCAAAUGAUUCACUCAGGGGAUAAGUCUUAUAAGUGCUUGGAAUGUGGGAAAGGCUUCACUCAGAGCUCCAAGCUCACUUCCCAUCAGAGAAUUCACGUUAGGGAGAAACCAUAUAAAUGCCUGGAGUGCGGAAAGGGCUUCAGCUGCAAAAAGAGCGUCACUUAUCAUCAAAGAAUUCACACAGGAGAGAAGCCCUAUAAAUGCUUAGAAUGUGAAAAGAGCUUCAUGCAUAAGGCAAGCCUCACUUUUCAUCAGAGAACUCACACUGGGGAGAAACCAUAUACAUGCUUGAAUUGUGGGAAAAGCUUCACCCACAAGACAAGUCUCACUUUUCAUCAGAGAACUCACACAGGGGAGAAACCAUAUACAUGGUUGGAAUGCGGAAAGAGCUUCCCUCGCAGCGGCGAGCUUUCUUCCCAUCAGAGAAUCCAUACAGGGGAGAAACCGUUUGAAUGCUUGGAAUGUGGAAAGAGCUUCCGUCACAGUUCUAGCCUUUCUUCCCAUCAGAGAAUUCAUACAGGGGAAAAGCCACAUAAAUGUUUGGAGUGUGGAAAGGGCUUCACUCGGAAGAUACAUCUUACUAAUCAUCAGAGAAUCCACACCGGGGAGAAACCAUAUAAAUGCUUGGAAUGUGGAAACAGCUUUAUUUCCAAACACAGACUCACUUCCCAUGGAAGAAUUCACACGGAGGACUUACCCUAUAAGUGCAUGGAAUGUGGGAAGGGCUUCAUCUUGAAGCAAAGUCUCACCUCCCAUCUAAGAAUUCACACUGGGGAGAAGCCAUACGAAUGCUUCCAAUGCGGAAAGAGCUUCAGUGGGAAGGCACACCUUCGUUCUCAUGAAAGAAUUCACACAGGGGAGAAGCCAUACAAAUGUUCUGAGUGUGGAAAGGGCUUCAAAGACAGUUCUAGCCUUCUCUUCCAUCAAACAAUUCACACGGGGGAGAAACCGUACGAAUGCUCGGUGUGCAGAAAGGGGUUCAGAGACAAAUCUCACCUUACGAACCAUAAAAGAAUUCACACAGGGGAGAAGCCAUAUAAAUGCUUAGAAUGUGGAAGGAACUUCAGCUGUAAGAAAAGUAUCCUUAAUCACCAAAGAAUUCACAUAGGUGAGAAACUAAUGACUGCCCUCGAAGUGGGAAGAGACCACAAUUCUAUCAAGAUUUGGAGCAGUGGGAGAUUCUACGAAAGAGCCAUGGAGGAGGUCCUGGGUGAGGAGAAUGCCCUCAGCUCAGAGGUACAGUGCCAGCGUUUCAGGCGGUUCCGCUACCAGGAGGCCGAGGGACCCAGAGAGGUUUGCAGCCGACUCCACCGCCUUUCCCAUCAGUGGCUGAAACCAGAGAGACACACCAAGACUCAGAUCCUGGACAUGUUUCGGGCACAGGAUCCAGCGACAGAAAUGAGGACUGAUUUCCCUAAGGCAGAGAGGGAUCCGUCUGUCAACGGUCAGAGGUCACCAGGUGACAGAAUGAAGCCACACUUACCUGUUCAGACACCUCUUCUUUGUGGUCUUGAAGAAGGAGCAUGUGUGAAACCAGAUCAGGGUCUGGUAUCCUUUGAGGAUGUGGCUGUGUGGUUCACAGAAGAGGAGUGGGAUCUGCUGGAUCCUGACCAGAGAGCUCUGCAUAACCAAGUCAUGGAGGAGAGCCUUUGGAUUCUGUCCUCUCUCGGAGGUGACGAAUGGGAAACCCAGAAUAAGGGAGAUCUACAUGGGAAAGAGACAUCGGAAAGGGAGGGACAUGAAGGGAAGAGGGGAAAUAAAUCAUCCGGUUCUCGGGGAUGCGACUACCGUGAAAUUGCAGCCCGAGAAGAAACGGAUGAGAGAAAGGAAACAGGGAUACCCCGUGUGAACAGGGGAAGUCUCCAUUCUAAAAGGGGACGUAAACCCAGCGUCAAAACCCACCCAAGGGAGAAUUCUUACGGACACUCGGAGUGCGGAACGAGCAUCAUUCAUGUCACUUCCCGUCAAGGAAUUCAUGGCACGGAGAAGCCCUAUACUUGCACCGAGUGUGGGAAAAGCUUCCCUUACACCUCUGGCCUUAUUUCUCACCAAAGGAUUCACACGGGGGAGAAGCCAUACCGGUGCUCGGAAUGCGGGAAGACCUUCAGCCAGAAGAAGCACCUCACCAACCACCAGGCGACUCACGCGGAGGAAAAACCGUACCGGUGCUUGGAGUGCGGGCGGAGCUUCAACUGCCGCUAUAAUCUGAUUCGGCACCAGAGGAUCCACACCGGGGAGAAACCGUAUCAGUGCCGGGAGUGCGGGAGGGGCUUCCGGCACAGCUCCACCCUCUCUUCCCACCAGAGACUUCACACAGGGGAGAAACCCUAUCAAUGCCCGGAGUGCGGGAAGAGCUUCAGGGAUCGGUCUCACCUGUAUUCCCACCAAAAAGUUCACACGGGAGAGAAACCGUACGCGUGCCUGGAAUGCGGGAAGGCCUUCUACCAGAAAAAGCACCUCCGUAAGCAUCAGAUAAUUCACACGGAGGAGAAGCCGCACAGGUGCUCGGAGUGCGGAAAGAGCUUCCGCUGCCGUUUCAAGCUAACCCGCCACCAAAGGAUCCACAUGGGGGAGAAGCCGUAUCAAUGCUUGGAGUGCGGAGCGAGCUUCAAAUGCAGCUCCGCCCUUGGUUCCCACGAAAGGAUCCACACAGGGGAGAAGCCGUAUCAGUGCCCCGAGUGCGGGAAGGCCUUCAGAGCAAAGUCCCACCUGUAUUCCCACAAAAGGAUUCACACGGGAGAGAAACCCUACCCGUGUCUGGAAUGCGGGAAGGCCUUCCGGCGGCAGGAGCACCUCGCCAACCACCAAACGUUGAUUCACACGGCGAAUAAGCCCUAUAAAUGCCUGGAGUGCGGAAAGAGCUUCAGUCAGAGUAUUUACCUUACGUACCAUCAGAGUAUUCACACCGGGGAUAAAUCGUAUCCGUGCUUGGAGUGCGGGAAGAGCUUCUACAGCCAGAAAAGUCUCAGUUCUCAUCAAAGAGCUCACAAAAGGGACUGCAAGAAGAUCAAACCUAUCCAUUCUUGAGGAAAUCAGCCCUGAGUGCUCGCUGGAAGGACAGAUCCUG